CAGAGGACGAUUUGAUAGGGCCGGAGGUGCUGGGUAAGGAGAGGGUAAGGUGAAAGAUAGAGAGAGAACGAGAGAGAGAGAGAGCGAGAGAGACUGAAAAAGGGGAGGUGGGAGGCUUAUCUCAUCAAAGACCUCUCAGGCUCUACAAGUUGCUGACGGAUGAGGCAGAGACCCUGAAGCCCUCAGACCCUGAAACCUUCACAGAAAGACCGACGGACAGACAGAAGGACCUACAGAGAGAGCAUAAACCUGAGGAUAACAUAUUCAUUUAGGUGGAAAUGACGUGGCAUGAGCUACGCAGUCGUCAGUUCUGGCGUGCCAUGAUGGCAGAGCUGCUGGGCACACUGGUUUUAGUGAGUGCUGUGCUGGGGGCAUCAGUUCCGGGCCUAGGAGAGGGCCCUGUGGGACCCCUUUACCCAGCUAUAGCAGUGGGAGUGGUGAUUGUUGCAGUGGCACACUGUUUUGGAGAAAUAAGUGGGGCGCAGGUGAACCCUGCAGUGACUCUGUCUCUGUUAGCCACUCGGAGGCUGGAUGUUCUCCGGGCCUUUGUUUAUAUAGCUGCACAGUGUUUGGGGGCUUCUUUGGGAACUGGGGCCCUCUACCUGGCCUUGCCACUCAAAACCACAGCAGAGCACUUCGUCAACAGGGUUCCGUUAGAGCUGAAUGCAGCGCAGGCUCUGGGCAUAGAGGUUUUAUGCACCUUCCAGUUGGUCUUUACUGUGUUUUCUGUAGAGGCUCAGCGACGAAGGGAAAGUCAAGAACCAGGAAACCUCGCCAUCGGAUUUGCCCACACAGCCGGAGUGCUAAUAGGGGGGCGGUUCUCUGGUGGGAGUAUGAAUCCUGCACGUUCUCUGGGUCCAGCUAUCAUCACUGGCUUCUGGGAAAACCACUGGGUUUAUUGGAUCGGGCCAGUGCUCGGUGCUAUACUGGCCGGAGUUUCCCAUGAGUUCUUCUUUUCGCUCAGUGCAUCUCGCCAGAAGCUGGUGGCCUGUCUGACCUGUAAGGAUAUUGAGAUUGUUGAGACAGCCAGCAUGACCGGAUCAUCACUUUCAACUGUCACACAGAACGCCAUCAGAGCCAAACAGGCCAACAAGCAAGAAAACAACUGAGAAAACAACUUCUUUUACAUAGAAGCAUCCUGCAGUAUGGCAGUGACUCUCUAGGAAGAUGCAUUGGGUGCAGAUCAAUAGUUGUUUUCAUCAUUGAUGCAUCUGUGCCAGCAGCUGUGAAAGUUACAUUGUUCAAAUAUGAACCCAUUUAGUAUUAAAAAAAUAAAUCAUAUAACUUACAAAAAGAUACAGUAGCGGAAAUUGUGAGGAAAAUGUGUAAUUUAAAAAUAGAUUUUUGUUUUGUUUAAAACAGCUAAUUAAAAAUGUAAGUCCAGUCAUAAAGAUACAUCUUCAUAUACACAAGGAGUUAUACCUUCAGAGACAAUUUGAGGCAGGCUGAAGUUUAGGAGGAGCAACUGAACAAUAGAAGAUUAAAUGUAAAUGUGACUCAUUUAAUGUUUGAUCAGAAGGCGCUUCAUGUUGUUCUUAAAGCUCCCGUGUCCAUUUUGGUGCCUCCUGGACAAAGCUGUACAUCUUAUCUCUGUUGAUUUUGUCUUGAACGUGUGUGUAAGUCGUGUUCAAACAAAAAAAAUCUUUGCACUGAAAAAUGUAGCUGUUGGGGCAACGUGCAGUAAUGAACUAUUAGAAAUAGUCUAUCUUUUUGCCGAUGGUCCUCUUUGCUUUUGUAGGUCAUAAAGGUCUAAAUUCGAUUCAUCUGUUGUCAAUUAAUGUUGAUAAUUGUGAGAGAAACGCAGACUUUACUUUCUUAGAGCCUAGGAUAGAAUAUUAGUCACCAAGCAAAACCCAACUGUAACGAUUGAGUGAGAAAGAAAAGUUUUAUAUAACAUUUAACAUCUAAAUAUUUUAUAAGCAAAAAAAGCCAUUCAAAACUAUUGGUCAUACCAGACCAAGUGAGGCUGCAGCUGUUUAGGAUUUAAUUGAGUAUAGGAUUUCUUUAUGUAUUUGUUCCUAAAAAAAACAACAUAAAUUCUUCUGUCAAAUAAAACACAGAUUUACUUUAUAAAUUCCAACAAUAUGAGGAGAUCUUUUAGGCCCCCAUCAUAGUUGUUUCAUAAGCUUGGUGCGUCAUUUAGAUGGGCUGCAGGUUUCCCAUGCUUGCCUGUCACAAGAGAAUUUAAAGUAGUAGCCAAUAAUGCUGCAUCCAGUAUCGUUGAGUUCACAUUUGCACAUUAUUAGAAUUUCAAAUUGAAAUCAUGUUGAAAAACACCCUUGUGUCUCCUCGUGUUUGACAGUCUCAUUCCAUGUUUGUGAUUGCUUUGAAAUGCUAAAGAGGUCCUGCUCCCUCGGUUCAAUGAUGCUCUUAAUUUGCCUAACAUCUCUUUCAUAUAUAUGCCUGUGUGGUACCUAUUCACAAUCAAAUGAACCUUCAUACCUCUAAUAGCUCCACACAUAGAACACAAGCUUUGUUCUUUAAAAUGGACCGCAUUGAACGUACAAGCGUGUACACUCUUGUGUGUUUGGAUUUGUAAGAGACAGAACUCCAUGUUAUUACUCAGCCUUUAUUUGUAUUUGUGGGGUUUGAGUGUAAGUCCCCAUCUUUGUCCUGUACUGAAAUAUGUUUUUUUCCCCCCCAAAAUACAAAAAUAAACUCAUGUUUCACAUUG